CCUCCGGAACUCAUAGAGGGAGAUCUGGUCGAGCUCACGAUUCCCGGACGAGGUAGUCGGCAAUUUGAUGGACAAUUCGCGUGGAGGUCCAUAGUCUUGUCGGAAGACGCGUGGCUGUGGACGUAUAGAGAGCACCAGCCGGCGCAAGGGGUAGGCGUAGUGAGGGCCUACCUGUAUUUAGGGCCAGCUGCGAUCAGGGAGGCUGUAGUGGGCCUCGUGACGACAGGGASUAGUGGGACGGUUAGCAGAGCGUUACGGUACCUAGAGGAGGAGGUAGCUGCCUUCCGAGCAGAGGACUCGCGCGACCCGUUGACUCUAUUUCACGGGCGCCCCCCUCUUGAUAUCUCGGGCGGACUGGCGAUAGCGCGRGACGGGUUUUUCCCGUACAGCGUUAGGAGCCUGAGAGCGAUAGUGCCGGCGUUCGUGGUAGAAAGUGUCUUUGGAGGCAUUGGAGGAGUAGUGGAGACAUACCUGGCCUAUCAGGAUCUCAAGAUCCUGGCGAGAAGCACUACAGAUUUAACCUACAUCUAUUAUUCACUCGCGACCGGAGGACUUCGCUGGGGAGACGAGAGGGUUCARCUUAUAGAGCUGAUCCGCUCGAUAGACGAUGAGUGGCCCCAGUCGUCGUGCGUUUGGGUUUGGCUAGACCGAGAGCUCCGAGCAGGACCCGAGUACGUGACCUGCAUCGGGCGGCUUUUCUCAGACGACGAGGARAGCUGGUGGGCUGAGGACGCCGAGAGACCUCUGAUAUACGGACACCAGUUGGCGCAAUACUACCAAGGUAUUGGACAGACCCCAUACCGCGUCGAGGACGAGUUUAAUGACGGAGGAUGGGAGCGAGAGGACGACGAGAACGUCUGGGAGCCGGACUGGAUUGACCCGGAGGAUGAGAUUGUCGAGGAGGAGACAGACGCUUCGGACGCCCAUUUCCCCAGGAUAGGAGUAGCAGUCCUGGCGUAGUAGCAGUCAGCUUUGGUCACUGAUAUCGGCGAGUAGUGAAGAGUAUGGCGGAUCAGGAUAUACUCAGGGUGACUCUUUCCCUGCG